GUUCUUCCACCCUCGGUUCUUCCACCCUCGGUUCUUCCACCCUCAGUUCUUCCUCCCCCAGUUCUUCCACCCUCAGUUCUUCCACCCCCAGUUCUUCUACCCCCAGUUCUUCUACCAAGCCCAGUGAUUGCAAGAGGGCAGAUGGCUGCAGGCAGAUGCAGGCCGCUUUGCCGCUAUGCUGCCAGCGGGCAUUGCUUCGAUGGGGAGAGAUGUUUGUAUCUCCAUGGUGAUGUAUGUGACCUGUGCGGGCUGCAGGCCUUGCACCCUGUGGAUGCUGUCCAGAGGGAAGCCCAUAUAAGUGCCUGCAUUGCAGCACAUGAGAGGGAUAUGGAACUCUCGUUUGCUGUGCAGCGCACUGUGGACAAGGUGUGUGGCAUCUGCAUGGAGGUUGUCCAUGAGAAAAAGGAGCCUGGCCAACGCCGCUUUGGUAUCCUUUAUGGCUGCAACCAUACCUACUGUAUUACCUGUAUUCGUACAUGGAGAAGUGGCACACAGUUUGCAAAAAGAAUCAGUAAAUCCUGUCCACAGUGCAGGGUCUCUUCCAACUUUGUCAUUCCCAGUAUAUUCUGGGUGGAGGGUAAGGAGGAGAAGGAGCAGCUUGUUCAGGAAUAUAAGGAGUCACUGAGAAAUAAGCCCUGCAUGUAUUUUGCUGAAGGCAGGGGUUACUGCCCAUUUGGAGAGCACUGUUUUUACAAGCAUGAGUACCCCCCUGGCUGGGGAGGGCACUUUCCUGGGCCAGGUAGUGGAUCAUCCACUGCAUGCUGGCACCAAAUUUUGGAGCCCGUGCAGGUGCGAGAGAGGUACAGGCUUUCUAAGAGCAUUAAAAAGGAGGCUUUCACACUUCGCCUGGCAAAUCUGUUGCUUAAGAAGCUUCUUGCACUGAGAAAUGGUAUUCCUUUCUCUGAUGACCAGUGGCUUUUGUUUUUUUAUCAGCUGGAAGACUAUUUCAAUUUGAAUCUGUAGCAUCAUGCUAUGGCAUGUGGUGUAGUCUCCUGAGGCUCUGACCUCUUCUGUUGCCUUUUCUCCCUUUACUGACUGACAUGUAUUGUUUUCAGUGUUAUUGAGACAUUCUUUAUUCAACAUUUCUCUCUGUUCCUGCUCUCCCUUUAUUAACUGACACAUGUACUGCUUUCAGAGCUAUUGGGGCAAUCUUUAUGCAGUGUUUCUCUGUUUUCUUGUGUAAUCCUUCUUCAUUCUCUCUAUAGUAUUAUGGUGUUUCGCUGUGUCAAAAAACAAAAAGUCCUUAAAACUAUUGUUGAGUCAAAUUAAUAUUGCUAUCAGUUGAUGGCUUGUUUUGUCAUAUGUGUUUUCAAAAGAUUCACUCAAACAUUAAUAUUGCUAUCAGUUGAUGGCUUGUUUUGUCAAGUGUGUUUUCAAAAGAUUCACUAGUGUAGUGUUUACAGAAUUUCCACACUCAUUGUGAAAUCCCUCAAGAAUGUGAGAGGGUAAAAGUGUCUUAACUAAAUUAUAAGCUUUUUGCUACAAUAGCCUUAAAAAAUGGACACUUUCAGGUCCUUGCUGCUGCUGUCUGUUUACACGCCUGUUUUUUUCCCUCCUUCCCUUCCAAGUGCACUUGUUAACUUGUGGUUAUAUUGUGCUUUCUGCUGUACUUGACCAAAGCCGAGUGCAUAUGUUUACAUGUUUUUAUUCUAUUUAGCUUAAUGUGAAAUUAUUUAU